ACCACGCACUGGCGUCGAGCGGUGACGUCGCGAACAACCAGGAAGAGAGAAGUGCACAACGUUUAGCCAACGUGAGUUGUGAUAGCUUUUUCAACUCAGUUGUUUAGUCCAACAAAGUUACUACCAGUCGGAAAAUAAUAACAAGCUUCACCGCAACACGGGAAAUACUAGAAUUAAAGUGCUGUGACCAUGUCCCUGAAUAAGUCCAUGCAUCCCCGGAACCGCUACAAAGACAAACCGCCGGACUUCGCCUACCUGGCCUCCAAAUAUCCGGACUUCCAGCACUACGUGCACACCAGCCUCGCCGGACGCCCGGUUGUGAAUUUCAAAGAGCCGGAGGCGGUGCGAGCGCUGACCUGCACCCUGCUGAAGGAGGACUUCGGUCUGACCAUCGAGAUCCCUCUGGAGCGCCUCAUCCCCACCGUGCCCCUCCGCCUCAACUACAUCCACUGGGUGGAGGACCUCAUCGACGGCCAGAAGCAGCCGCGCAGGGGCAUCGACAUCGGCACUGGUGCGUCUUGCAUCUACCCCCUACUGGGAGCCACAAUGAACGGCUGGUUCUUUCUGGCCACAGAGGUGGACGACAUCUGUUUUGACUACGCUACAAAAAACGUCGAGCAGAACAACAUGGCCAACCUCAUCAAAGUGGUCAAAGUCCCUCAGAAGACUCUGCUGAUGGACGCCUUGAAGGAAGAGCCACAAAUGGUGUACGACUUCUGCAUGUGCAACCCGCCUUUUUUCGCCAAUCAGCUCGAAGCAAAGGGGGUGAACUCCAGGAACUCGCGACGACCUCCUCCGAGCUCAGUAAACACGGGCGGAGUGACGGAGAUCAUGGCGGAGGGGGGGGAACUGGAGUUUGUAAAGAGGAUCAUUCACGACAGCCUGCAGCUCAAGAAGCGCUUGCGGUGGUACAGCUGCAUGUUGGGGAAGAAAUGUAGCUUGGCCCCGUUGAAAGAGGAGCUGAGGAAGCAAGGGGUACAGAAAGUAACACACACAGAGUUCUACCAGGGACGGACCAUGAGGUGGGCGCUGGCUUGGAGUUUCUAUGACGACGUGAUUGCUCCCUCUCCUCCCAGUAAGAAGCGCAAGCUGGAGAAGGUGAAGAAGCCGCUGUCGUUCACGCUCCCGGAGGCGGGACUGAAGGAGCUGCGGGUCAAGGCCUCGGCUUUAGUUGGUAAAGCCCUCGGCCCCGUGGGCGCCGUCACGGCUCUGCUGGAGAACACGCUCUCCGACCUGCGGGUGCUGCACAAGCGCGUCCCGUGCACGAAGCAGGAGCAGAGCCUCUUCCUGACAGCUGUGGAGAACACCUGGAUCCACGGACGUCAGAAGCGGCGCGAAGGGUCGCGUCACUUGCGGGAAGUUCCCCGGGCGCCUCAGCGCGCCGCGACCAGCUCUCAGACCGCCUUGACCCCGCCUCCUCUGAACCAGGACCAGAGCGAGAGCGCUGCGGACCAGACUACGGCGACCGGGCGGCAGAAGCCAGACGAGAGGGUUGAAAACGGCGCCUCUGAGACGCGGGAGGACGCGGCGCGCGACCCACAGGCCGGACAGAAAGAGGACGAUGUGACGUGUUCCGCCGACGCGGGGCAGGAAACGGCGGCCGCGGCGGCGGGGGAACCGCCCUGCAAGCGACCCCUGAGCCCGGCAGUCGAGCGCUUCCUGUUCAAGUGUCUGCUGAACGUGGUGCCCGAGGAGAGCGAUGUGGUGAUUGAGAUGCACUGGGUCGAAGGUCAGAGUAAAGACCUGAUGAACCAACUGUGCACGUACCUAAAGAACGUCCUUUUAAGGUCUGUCGCGAAGCCCUGAAUGCUCAGAAAUAUUAUCUUUGGUUUCAUUAUUGGAUUUUGUCUUCUGGAGAUAUAUUUUCCAGUUAAUUAGUAGCUUAAGUCCCAAUAUUCUUGUUCUUGGCAGGUUACCUUUUCAGGUAGUCCAUACUGUAUAUUGGUGUUUUGUGCUCAGAUUUUUAAAAAUAUUUGCAAUAAAUGUCAACAUUUCCAAUAUGUUUUCUACUGCAAUGUGGAUCUUUUUAUACAAUUUAUCCAAAUGCAUUGUGGUGCAUGCAAUCAUUGGACUAAAGAUGACACUUUGUUACACAGCAGCCUUUUUCUGCAUGUUGCCGCCACCUUGUGGUCAAUGUGAGGAAACAUGAAGUCCUUUAGAGUGUGUUGCUCAUUUUAAACAGAUGUUGGAAUGAAGCGUCCCUCCAAACACCCUUUUGAAGUCCCAAAGGCUGGUUUGGUAAACAGCAUCAUUUCCAAUGCAACGUGUCUGUGGGAACUGAGGAUUUUAAAGGCUGCACUGAAGUGAACCACAGCUUUGGUUCCAUCGUGUGCUUUUUGUUAAGUCAGGGGGAAAAGUCUGUUUCGUUAUAACUUCAUUUAGAAGCAGUUUGAUUUUUUUUUUUCAAUAGAAUUUAUCAGCAAAAUGUGUCCUUUGCUUUUUUUAAAGACUAAAGUGUUAUUUACAAUGUUUACCUCUCAGUCACAAUAAUGAGAUGCUAUCUCAUUAGAACGACUAAAAGGAUAUAUUUUUUUUCACAUUGCCAUUUCCCAAAUUAAUGUUAAUUGUUUCAUUGGGGCAUGUUGUAAGCUAAGUGGAGCAUAAGAAAACAAAUAACCCUAACCCAUAAUUAAAAAUAAACCCAAUGUAUGUUUAUUGUAGAAAUACCUUGGGGGUUAUCACCCAAAAAGCUUCACCAUGUUAUCACUAGGUGUGCCUUAUUAUGCUAUGACUACUUGUCUGGCCCACCUAUGAUCUAAAAUGUACUCAAAUUAGUUUGACACUACAGUGCCCUCGAGAAUUAUUGACAUCCUUUAGUUAAUAUGAGCGACGAGAUGCGGAAAAGAAAAUUUUUAUUUUU